CUCUCUACCUUCCUUCCCCACCCCGCCCCCGCCUCCGCCCAGCGGAUCCCUCGCCGCCGGCCGCCCUCUCCCCGCCCCCUGGAUCUCUGCAGCCAGGGGCCACCAUGGCAGCAGCACCACCGCCGGCGCUCCCGGACGAUCUCAUCGAAGAGAUCUUCCUCCGCCUCCCGCCGGACGACCCGGCAAGCCUCCUCUGUGCCUCUCUCGUCUGCAAGACCUGGAGCCACAUCGCCAAGGUGAAGCUCAAGCGCGCCCUGCUGCAGGGGCAGCUUAAGCGUGCCCAGCUGCAGCUGCUCAAGAACGCCCAGCUGCAGCUGCAGCUCGAGAAGGAGCAGCUCAAGGUCAUCCAGCUACAGGAGGAGCUCAAUCAGCUGCUGCAGAGGAGGUCAGACAGCAGCAGCUCAAGGGCACCCAGCAGCAGGAGAAGCUCAACCAGCAGCAGAGGUCAGCCAGCAGCAGCUCAAGCGCGCCAGCUUGGCGUUAGUAGUUAUAGUCCAUCGCUCUCUAUCUCUGCUGCUAGAAACGGUUGACGGAUGGUAGUUCUAGUCCCACUCCGUCGCUUUCGAUUUGAGCUACAAGUGCAAAACCUUUUUUUUGGCUGGAAUGGUGCCGUGUCGUGGGACCUUAGGCAGUUCGACGGAUAAGAUUCUGUGCCGUCUUGACGGAUUGUCGUUCUUUGAUCCGAUCCUAUUUUGGUUAUCGUCGGCACUCAUGAUCAUUUUCUGGCAGAGAAUUGUUGGAGCUGUGAGGAAGAAGUUGGAGGUGCUCUUGUUCUGUGUA